AUACGUUCCAGCCCCGGCAGCGGCUGGAUCUGUACUUCCCCCGGCAUGCCCGUGAUGACGUCACCUACCCGGUAGUUGUGUACGUCACAGGUGGCGCCUGGACCAUUGGUUACAAGGCCUGGGGAGCGCUCCUUGCCCGGCGGCUGAGCGAGCAGGGCGUGUUGGUGGCAUGUCUGGAUUACCGCAACUUCCCACAGGGUGACGCGCUGGACAUGUUGGAGGAUGUCAACACCGGCAUCAGCUGGGUGCUAUCCCGCAUCCACCGAUUCGGGGGGGACCCGGACAGCGUCACGUUGGUGGGCCAGUCGGCGGGCGGCCACCUGGCGGGGCUGGCGCUCAUCAAGCAGCUCUUUGCCCACCCGCCCAAGGUCCCACCGAUCGAGUCCAUAUCAGAG